GGAAUUCAGCAUCCCGAUCCACCACUGAUAAUAUCCAGCGAGAAAAUGCAGAUGCAGAGAAGCCAUGGGUUUCAACAGCACCAAUAUUAUGGUAGUGAGGCUCAAGAGGAGAGCUAUGAGGUUCAUCAGGAGACUUGGAGCUCAAGGAACGGCCAUCACAACCACUUCCCAGGAAUGCAAAUGACAAAUGGUGCUUGUAUUGAUUCUCGUGACUUCCAGAGACACCUGGGCAUAUUCAAGGAAGGCCACCAUGGUUCCACUGGCCACCAUGGCCAUUUCUCCGACGCCCAUAAGCUCUCUUUUGGAGGGGCUCCUAUGUUUUCAAACAGGUCAAAGCACCCGCACCACCAAGGGCAUGGACCUGGACAUUUCUCGGAGGUAAAUAGAUAUGACAUGCAUGGCGAUGCAGAAAACGUGAAGGUGGAUGAAAUGAGAUACAAGCACCACAACUGGGGUGGCGGUGAUGGCUUCUGUGCUAACCCUUAUGCUGGGAACAUGAACAAUAGGUUUCACAAGGUUGAGUGGGAAGUGAAGGGUGUCUAGCACGUCAUCUUCAUCAAUCCCACUAUCACCGUAAAAUGUGUUCUUACUUGCUUUGUUUCAGAAUCUAAUAAACUUUCACUUGAUCGUGCUUGUCACCAAGUCCAUGUAAUAUCUAUCUUAUCAUGCUAAUCAAUAAAAAAUGUGCUCUAGUGGGGCAUUUGAUAAUAA